AUGAGGUCGAGAACACAAUACCCAAUGAACACCAAGCUUCUUGUCAUUGCCAUCAUUGUCGUCUUCUUUCUUCUCUUUGUAUUUCGAUCAACCUUUUCAUCUUCCAAUGAUCAAGUUUCAUCUCAAAUUGCGCAAAAAGUCAUUCCAAAAGCAGUUUCAGGUUCUUUAAGAAACAUUCAAAAGUCGCCAAAAUGCUCAGAAACCUGCAACAAAAUCCCACCUUCAUUAGCUCAAGCCUUGGUACACUACUCAACCUCCACCAUCACCCCACAACAAACCAGCAAAGAAAUAUCGGUAACCAAAAAGAUCUUAGACAUGAAAUCACCUUGUAACUUUCUAGUCUUUGGGCUAGGGCACGAUAGCUUAAUGUGGAGCUCUUUGAACUUCAAUGGCCGAACAGUCUUUCUUGAAGAAGACAAAGCAUGGAUCGAGCAAAUCAAGAAAAGAUUUCCCAUGUUGGAAUCUUAUCAUGUAACGUAUGACAGUAAGGUGAACCAAGCAGAUGGCCUUAUGGAAGCCGGAAAAGGGCCGGAGUGCACGGCGGUGGGUGAAACCAGGCACUCGGUUUGUCAAUUAGCGCUGAAGGGUUUGCCGGAGGAUGUUUAUGAGACGACGUGGGAUUUGAUAAUGGUGGAUGCGCCGACGGGGUACUAUGAUGAGGCACCAGGGCGGAUGAGUGCGAUUUAUACGGCGGGGAUGAUGGCGAGGAACAGGGCGGAGGGAGAGACCGAUGUUUUUGUGCAUGAUGAAACCCUAGUCAUAUAUCUCUCUUUCAUUGUGGACUCUUCACUGUGCUCUCGGAAGAAACGCUCGUGUAAUUAUCAGAUCUGA